AUGCAUUUUUUAAUUUUAUCCUCCCAAUAUCGAAUAUCCUUUCAAAGAGAACAAAACUAUUUAAAUUUUUUUAAAAAAAAAUUGAACAGCUUAAAUAAACAUCAGGAAUAUACAAGAACGUGUUAUUUUCAUUUUUUUCAUAAUAAUAACAAAACGAAUAAUUUAGUAUUUCGAAAUAAUAAAGCGUUCAGUAGCAAUAAGGAAAUUAAGAUUAACUCAAAGAUGACAUCUACAGUACCACAAGUAGUUUCACUAGAUCCAACUAGUAUACCAAUAGAAUACCAUACACCAGUUGAUGAUUUAAAAAUAGAAUUAAAGGAUUUAAAUGAAGAUCCAUGUAGUGCAGAUGAAGGACUUGUAGUUUUUUUAGUUAAUAGUGCAUCGAAAGAAAAUGGUACGAUAAAAAUAAAUUCAAAGGUAAAAGAUAAAAAUGUUAAUGAAUUUUUAAAAGAAGAGAAUAUGGAAGGUUUUAAUGGAAAAUUAGGUACAUCUAAAAGUUUUUAUAUUUCAAAUGAAAAGAAGAAAUAUAUUAAUUUAGCGUAUAUAGGAUGUGGAUCAGCUAAUGAAUUAACAGAAUUGGAAGUAAGAAGAAUAGCAUCUUCACUUGUUUCUAUAUUACAUGAUAAUAAAUUUGCAAAGGUUUCUUUAAUAUUUGAAAUAAAAAUUCAAGAGUCUUUAUUUCGUUUCUUGUUAGAAAAUAUUUAUUAUGAAUAUAUAGCUGAUGAAAGGUUUAAGUCUUCAGAUAAGAGCACGAAUACUGAGUAUAUGAAACAAUUAUAUUUAUAUAUAGCAGAUGCAAAUAUAUAUAAAGCACAAAUAGAAAAAUCUCGUAUAUAUUAUUUCGGAACCUAUUAUGCAUGUCAACUUAUAGCCGCUCCCUCAAAUUAUUGUAACCCUGUGUCUUUAUCUAAUGCUGCAGUUGAAUUAGCAAAGAAAGUUAAUUUAGAAUGUAAAAUAUUAGGAAUAAAAGAAAUAGAAGAACUGAAAAUGGGGGCUUAUUUAUCAGUAGGAAAAGGAAGUUUAUAUCCAAAUAAAUUUAUUCAUUUAACAUACAAGGGAAAAGGAGAUAUAAAGAAAAAAAUUGCAUUAGUUGGCAAGGGAAUUACGUUUGAUUCUGGUGGAUAUAAUUUAAAAGCAGCUCCAGGUUCAAUGAUUGAUUUAAUGAAAUUUGAUAUGAGUGGUUGUGCAGCAGUACUAGGAUGUGCUUAUUGUAUAGGUACUAUUAAACCAGAAAAUCUAGAAAUACAUUUUCUUAGUGCAGUGUGUGAAAAUAUGGUAUCUAGGAAUUCAUAUAGACCAGGUGAUAUUAUAACAGCAUCAAAUGGAAAAACAAUUGAAGUUGGAAAUACGGAUGCAGAAGGUAGACUAACAUUAGCUGAUGCAUUAGUAUAUGCUGAAAAAUUAGGUGUUGAUUAUAUAAUUGAUAUAGCAACAUUAACAGGUGCUAUGUUAUAUUCAUUAGGUACAAGUUAUGCUGGUGUUUUUGGAAAUAAUGAAGAAUUAAUUAAUAAAUUAUUAAAUUCUUCAAAAACAUCUAAUGAGCCAAUUUGGUGGCUACCAAUAAUAAAUGAAUAUAGAUCCUCAUUAAAUUCUAAAUUUGCUGAUAUAAAUAAUAUAUCAUCAAGUGUCAAAGCGUCAUCGGUUGUCGCUUCUUUGUUUUUAAAAGAAUUCGUACAAAAUACUCCUUGGGCACAUAUUGAUAUAGCUGGAGUUUCUUGGAAUUUCAAGGCAAGAAAGCCCAAGGGAUUUGGUGUAAGGCUACUCACUGAGUUUAUCCUAAAUGAUGCGAUAUAA